AUGCCACCCUCACUUCGUCGCCGAGGUGGCCAGGCCCAGCAGCAACAUCACAUGCCCUCACCCUCACCCCCAGAAGCAGAUGACACGGAUAGCGACUUGGAACUAGAAGGCCACCACCAAGAAGAGGAAGAGCAAGAUCUCGAUGGUAAUGAUGAUGACGAAACACUCGGCGAGGACCUAGUAGGACUGGGGGCUGACGAGGAAGAUGAAGAGGAGGAAGGCGACGAAGAACUAGACGACGAAGAAGCCCUUGGUUCACCAAACCACGCCGGCGACGCCCCAUUACCCAAUCUCGACCCUCCACCACCCUACCUCCGGGAAAUAUCUACCUUGGCAUCCUGGACAGUCUCGUCUUCCAAGCCAGGUUGUUCGAUCCCCCAACUUCGGCACCCUAAUACGAAUCUUUUCUGGCAAUCUGAUGGUCCUCAGCCGCAUUACCUCAACAUCCAUUUCUUUAAGCUUGUUCGUAUAGUCGGGUUAAGACUAUACCUAGACUUUGAGCAAGAUGAGAGUUACACGCCUACAAAGAUCAUCUUCCUUGCAGGCAGCGGGUUGAACGAUCUCCAGGAGUGGGGCGAGAUGAGAUUGGAGAGCCCGAGAGGGUGGAUAUGGGCGGAUUUCUCUGGUGUAGGAGACCCUGAUAGCGACGAUGAUGGAGAUGACGAUGAUGACAAUAAUACUGAAGGACGUGGUGUUGUGGGACAACAACCACAGCGUCUCCUCGGAGAAAUCUCCCUCUUGAACGGAACCAGAAGGUCUGGAAAUGACGCUGGAUCCUCAGACUCUGAAAAUGCGGCGCCGACUCAGGGGGCUGAUGUAACGGAUCUGGAUUUGGACUUGGAGACUCCGGCGAAUCAACAACAACAGCAACAGCAACAGCAACAUACACCCUUCCCUCCUUACCCUGCCAAUACACAUACGCAUAAUCACAUGUAUACAACCCUCAAACUGUUCCUCCAUCUCACACACACAACCUCCGCCACUACACCCAUACCGUCACACCGACUCAACAUCAACCAUCCACACCUUCCCUUCCCCAAACUAUAUCGCGUCCCCACCCCGGAGCGCCAUUCGCAUCUCUCUCCCCCAACCCAGCUCCCCGCCCCAUCCCAUCAUCUACUCAAUCAACCCCCAAGUUACCAGUCCUCCGCGCUCAUUUAG